CCAAAGUUCCGCGAUGAGGUCGUGGAUCGAAGACGGCGGAUGGAGGCGGAAACCGCACGAGAUCUCCCUCGUCGCGAGGGCGCUGGUGCUCGCGGCGCUGGGGGUCGGGAUGUUGGUGGUCGGGAGGUCCACGGAGAUCUGGACCCGGCGGAUCCUCUCGGGCGUGGGGAUCGUCUGCCUCCUCUCCUCGCUUUACCUCGUCGGGAGCUUCGUUCGGCUGGUCCGACUGCAAAGGCGGAGAGCCAACGAAGAAAGACCGCGAGUAUGGUACACCGCGUCCAGCCGAGGCGACGAUCCCCUCCGCGAGCGGCGGACGGCGACCGACGGCGACCCGUCGCUCUUGGGGGCCUGCCCCCCCGCGGAUCCCCGCUUCGCCAUCCUCGACCUGCCUCCCUCCUACGACGAGGUCAUGAAGACCGACAGGGAUGCGUCGGCCGAGAAGCGGCUUUCCGCGGCGUGA